UGCUAGAGUUGGAAGCGAAGAAGCAUCAUGUUGGCCGUGGCGACUCCGUUGGCCCCCCGUGCAAGUACAGCGUCGGGCAUUCUUGCACUGCUGGACGAGCAAGACGACAUCAUUCGGGCACAUGCCUUGCAAAAGCUGCAUGAGGUCGUGGAUCACUUUUGGGCUGAGAUUGCGGACGCCGUGCCGUUGAUUGAGAGUUUGUCGGAAGAAGCGGCGUUCUCCCAUCGGGAGCUCGCUGCAUCGGUGGCAUCCAAGUGUUUCUUUCACUUGGAGGAGUACCAAGAUGCGCUGCGCCUUGCCCUUGGUGCGGGCAAGUAUUUUGACGUCAACGUGCACUCUCAGUACACCGAAACCAUCAUCGCCACGUGCAUUGACGAGUACAUUGCGAUUCGAACGAACGGUGAAGACAAGACAGUCGACCCACGCAUGCAAGCGAUCGUUGAGCAAAUGUUUGACCGAUGCUACGCAUCCGGCACGUUCAAGCAAGCGCUGGGUGUGGCGCUGGAGUCUCGUCGAUUGGACAAGGUCGAAGAAAGCAUUCGUCGAUCGCCCGAUGUGUCUGCAUCGCUCGCGUACUGCUUUGAAGUGUCCCGCACGACCGUAACAAACCGCGACUUCCGCUUGCAGGUGCUGCAAGUGCUCGUCAAGUUGUACCAAAGCCUCCCAGCGCAAGAACACACCCAUAUUUGCCAGAUUUUACAGCUCUUGGACAAGCAUGCCGAAGUCGCGACGAUUUUGCAGUCGCUGAUCGCGUCGACGUUGGACGACACGUUGAUUGCAUACCAAGUCGCAUUUGACUUGGUCGAGAACGAAAACCAAAAGUUUCUUAAUGCGGUGAGUGCGGCGCUGGGUGCAUCGGCCCCCGCGAGCCCCCGCCUCGAAAAACUGCAGCAGAUCCUGCAAGGCGACUUUAGUGUCGACCUGUUGCUGGACUUUUUGUUUCGUCAGAACCAGUCGGAUCCGCUUGUGAUGAAGAACAUCAAGACCGCCGUCGAGAACCGCAACUCGGUUCUACACAACUCGGCCGUGUGCGCGCAUGCCUUGAUGAACUGCGGUACGACCGUCGACACGUUCCUGCGUGAGAACCUCGAGUGGCUCGGGAAGGCGUCCAACUGGGCCAAGUUCACCGCCACCGCCAGCAUCGGGGUCAUUCACAAGGGUCACGUCCGCGAAAGCAUGAACCUCUUGGCGCCGUAUCUACCUCAAGCCGGUGGGGGCGCCGCCCCCACGAGUCCGUACUCGGAAGGCGGGGCGCUGUACGCUCUCGGCCUGAUCCACGCCAAUCAAGGCAGCACGUCCCCGAGCAGCGCCAAGACGCUCGAGUUUCUCCGCACAGCACUGCGUAAUUCUGGCACCGACGAGACCGUUCAACACGGCGCGUGCCUCGGAAUUGGGCUCAGCGGCAUGGCUUCGCACAAUGCCGAGUUGUACGAAGAGCUAAAGAAUAUCAUGUUUACGGACAAUGCGGUCGCGGGCGAAGGUGCGGGGUACGCGAUAGGGUUGGUGCACUUGGGGGCUGGCGCCGACAACGAAACGGUCAAGGAACUAUUGAGCUAUGCCCACGACACCAAGCACGAAAAGAUCAUUCGUGGCGCCGUCAUGGGUCUGGCACUGAUGGCGUACGGCCGCGAAGAGCAAGCCGAUGGUUUGAUUGAGCAACUCAUUCGGGACAAGGACCCCAUCAUUCGGUACGGCGGCAUCUACGCGAUUGCAAUGGCGUAUGUCGGCACAGCCAACAACACCGCCGUGAAGCGCCUGCUCCAUAUUGCCGUAAGCGACGUGUCGGAUGACGUCCGGCGCGCCGCUGUCACGUGCCUCGGGUUUGUGCUGUUCCGUACUCCCGCCCAAGUCCCCAAGCUCGUGUCCCUCUUGGCGGAAAGCUUUAACCCACAUGUGCGAUACGGCGCGUGCGUUGCCGUCGGGAUUGCGUGUGCCGGCACAUUCAAGAACGAAGCGAUUCAAUUGCUCGAGCCGAUGCUCGACGAUGCCGUCGAUUAUGUGCGGCAGGGCGCGCUGUUUGCGCUGGCCAUGGUCAUCAUGCAAGAAUCCGAAGGCCGGCACCCGAAAGUGAAGGAGAUCACGGAAAAGAUCCGCAAGUUGACGGCCGACAAGCACGUGACGACCAUGACCAAGAUGGGCGCGAUCUUGGCGCAAGGGAUUUUGGAUGCCGGCGGUCGCAAUGUCGUGAUCUCGAUGCAAUCGCACACGGGGUUUACCAAGAUGUCUGCCGUCGUGGGCUUGGCUCUGUGGUCCCAGCACUGGUUUUGGUACCCCAUGAGCCACUUUUUGGAGCUGGCGCUUCAACCCACCGUCCUGAUUGGCCUCAACCACGAUCUCAAGUUGCCGACGGGAUUUUCCGUCGAGUGUGCGACAAAGCCGUCUGUGUUUGCAUACCCGAAGCGCCUUGAAGAAAAGAAGGAAGAGAAGAAGGAGUUGGUCGCGACGGCCGUCUUGUCCACGACGGCCAAGGCCAAGGCGCGCUUGGCCAAGCAAGAAGCCGACCACAAGGGCGACCAAGUGCCGACAAAUCCCCCAGCCGACACUCCUGCCGCCACCGCGGCAACGGGUUCGCAGGUUGUCCCUGAAGAAAAGGUCAAGGAACCGUCGUCGUUCAAAGUCAAGAACCCGUCGCGGGUGACGUUGGCACAAGUGUCGCACCUGUCGUUUGACCUGAGUCAGCGAUACGUGCCUGUGGUGCCGACACGCCGCCCCGCGGGGAUAAUUCUCCUGAAAGACAGACAACCGAACGAGAAGGAAUCGGUUGUGGCUGUGCAAGCUCCGUCGCAAGCAGGCGCGGAAGAAGAGGCAGAGGCUCCCGAACCAUUCGAGUACGAACCGACGCCGUAGUAGACCGUCCACCGCCAGAAACAAGGUGAUUUGCAUUUGAAACAAAUUGGCGAGACUUUGCUGGGAUGUCGCGGGUAUACUACAAUAUUUUUUACGACAGA